AUGCCUUUGCUUCCGAUGCUGCUCGGCGGUGCUCAGAGCCUAGUGUCUCUCACCUGGGGGCACUCUACGGCUGACAGCGCUCUGGACAAAAGCAAGCCGCUGCCCGUGCAGCAGCGCUCGACUAGAGAAGCACUAGAUGUCUGCCACCCAUUCGUGGAAGACGGCUCCGAGGAAGCCUGCGGCAUCUCGGGCCUCCGGGCACCUCUGGGUUUGUCUGAACUGCAUUUCCUUGUGGUGGCAUAUGCCGCUCCUCACACACUCUCUGUUUUCCCCUCCAGAGACCUCAGUAUGAACAACAUCAGUCAGCUGCCCCCGAGGCCCCUGCACAACCUCCGCUUCCUAGAGGAGCUACGUCUUGCUGGAAACGCUUUGACAUACAUUCCCAAGGGAGCAUUUGCUGGUCUUUACAGUCUUAAAGUUCUGAUGCUGCAGAAUAAUCAGCUGAGGCAAGUACCCACAGAAGCACUUCAGAAUUUGCGAAGCCUCCAGUCCCUGCGCCUGGAUGCCAACCACAUCAGCUACGUGCCCCCCGCGUGUUUCACUGGCCUGCACUCCCUGAGGCACCUGUGGCUGGAUGACAAUGCCUUGACAGAAAUUCCCAUCCAGGCUUUCAGAAGUUUAUCAGCGUUGCAGGCCAUGACUUUGGCCCUUAACAAAAUACACCACAUACCAGACUAUGCCUUCGGAAACCUCUCCAGCUUGGUAGUUCUGCAUCUCCAUAACAACAGAAUCCACUCCCUGGGAAAGAGAUGCUUUGAGGGGCUCCACAGCCUGGAGACUUUGGAUUUAAAUUACAAUAACCUUGAUGAAUUCCCCACUGCAAUCAAGACACUUUCCAACCUGAAAGAGUUAGGAUUUCAUAGCAACAAUAUCAAGUCGAUACCUGAGAAAGCAUUUGUAGGCAACCCUUCUCUGAUUACAAUACAUUUCUAUGACAACCCCAUCCAACUUGUUGGGAGAUCUGCUUUUCAGCAUUUACCUGAACUAAGAACACUGACUUUGAAUGGUGCCUCGCACCUAACUGAAUUUCCUGAUCUGAGUGGAACUGCCAGCCUCGAGAGUCUCACUUUAACUGGGGCCCAGAUCUCAUCCCUCCCCCAAACUGUCUGCAGUCAGUUACCUAAUCUCCAAAUGCUAGACCUGUCAUACAACCGGCUAGAAGAUUUACCCAGUUUUUCAGUCUGCCAGAAACUUCAGAAAAUUGACCUCCGACAUAACGACAUCUCGGAAGUCAGAGCCGACGCGUUCCAGCAGCUGUCGAGCCUCCGAGCCCUAAAUUUAGCUUGGAACAAAAUUGCUGCUAUUCAUGCCAACGCAUUUUCAACUUUGCCAUCUUUAAUGAAACUGGACCUGUCAUCCAAUCGCCUGUCGUCUUUUCCCGUAACUGGGUUACAUGGUUUAACUCACUUAAAAUUAACAGGAAAUCAUGCCUUACAGAGCUUGAUAUCAUCUGAAAACUUUCCAGAACUCAAGAUAAUAGAAAUGCCAUAUGCUUAUCAAUGCUGUGCAUUUGGCGUGUGUGAGAACGUCUAUAAAUUCUCUAAUCAAUGGAAUAGAGGUGACAACAGCACGGUAGAUGACCUUCAUAAGAAAGAUGCCGGACUAUUUCAUGUUCAAGAUGAGCGUGACCUUGAAGACUUCUUGUUCGACUUUGAGGAAGACCUGAAAGCCCUUCAUUCAGUGCAAUGUUCACCUUCUCCAGGACCCUUCAAGCCCUGUGAACAUCUGUUUGGUAGCUGGCUGAUCCGAAUUGGAGUGUGGGCUAUAGCCGUUUUGGCGCUUACCGGCAAUGCCUUGGUGACUUCGACGGUGUUCAGAUCCCCUCUGUAUAUUUCCUCUAUAAAACUGCUAAUUGGGUUGAUAGCGGUGGCGAACAUGCACAUGGGGGUCUCCACUGCUGUGCUGGCUGGGGUGGAUGCAUUCACUUUUGGCAGUUUUGCACAAUAUGGUGCAUGGUGGGAGAAGGGGGCUGGCUGCCAAGUCAUCGGUUUUCUGUCCAUCUUUGCUUCCGAGUCGUCUGUUUUUCUGCUUACCUUGGCAGCCCUAGAGCGCGGUUUCUCUGUGAAGUGUUCUCCAAAAUUUGAAACAAAAACGCCUUUUUCCAGUCUCAAAGUAAUUGUUUUGUUCUGUGCCCUGCUGGCGCUGACCAUUGCCACAGUGCCCCUGCUGGGCGGCAGUGAGUACAACGCCUCCCCGCUCUGCCUGCCCCUGCCCUUUGGGGAGCCCAGCACCACUGGCUACAUGGUCGCCCUGGUCUUGCUCAAUUCCCUUUGCUUCCUUGUGAUGACCAUUGUCUACACCAAGCUCUACUGCAAUUUGGAAAAGAGAGACCUGGAGAACAUUUGGGACUGUGCCAUGGUGAAGCACGUCGCCUUGUUGCUCUUCACCAAUUGUAUCCUGUACUGCCCCGUGGCCUUCUUGUCUUUCUCCUCUUUACUGAGCCUCCCCUUUAUCAGUCCCGACGUGAUUACGUUUAUUCUGCUGGUGAUUGUCCCACUCCCUGCAUGUCUCAACCCCCUGCUCUACAUCCUCUUCAAUCCACAUUUUAAGGAGGAUCUAGGGAGCCUGGGAAAGCAAACUCACUUCUGGACAAGAUCAAAACACCCAAGCCUCACGUCUAUUAACUCUGAUGAUGUUGAAAAACAGUCUUGUGAUUCCACCCAAGCCUUGGUCCCCUUUACCAGUGCCAGCAUAGCCUAUGACCUGCCUUCCACCUCCGUGCCCUCGCCAGCUUACCCAAUGAGUGAAAGCUGUCAUCUGUCGUCAGUAGCAUUUGUUCCAUGUCUCUAAUGAAGGUGAGAGAGCACACCUCCUCAAAGUGUGAGAUUGAGUGUGUCCGGAGCAGUCGCUAAGAAGAACUGAGUUUCGUUUCAGUAAAUUCUCUCCGUGGGGCAAAAGUUGAAAAUCUAUCGAUUCGUGAAAGUAAAAAGUGAGUCUAAAUGCUGUUCGUAGAACUAGUUCAACAAAGAGAUUGAUCACUCACACUCCUGUGGGGAGCCCGGAUCAAAGACGGGCAUUGAAAUGACCUUCACGAAACCUUCUACGUGAUUUCAAGUGAAUGCUCUUUAGACUCAUCAACCUAAUGGUGUGGGGGGGAAAGAAUACCAAGAACUUCCUCUUAUAAUAGGUUUAUUUAAGCAAAAAAUCCUUAAGAGGUGGUCGAAACAAAAGAGACUAACGAUUUUCAACAUCCGAUCUUAUUAAAUGGCCCAGAGAACUGCCUUAGUGCCCCUUUUUCUCCCCUCAGGAUGGUGCCGUAGUUAAGCACUGGGCUGCUAAGACAAGGUCAGCCUUAGGCCCCGGCCCAUCAGCUACUCUGCAGGAAAAAUAAGGCAGAGUACUUCUGCAGAAAUGGCUGUCGGGAAGCCCUUUCCGGCAAUCCUGCGCUAUGAUCUAGUUUUGCUGAGUCAAAAUUGAUGACAAUGGGUUUGGUUUCUGGGGUUUGCCUUUCCUCAGACAAGAUCUUGUUAGGUCAUCAAUGCCCCUGAGGAAAGUUUAAGGUAUUAUUAACGCACUCACAUUCUGGUUAUUUUUAGAGAAACUGAGUUUUGUAUAUCAGAACUAAAUGGUUCCACUCUCCCUGGAAUAAACUUGCUUACAAAUAUUUUGAAAGCAAUAUUAAAUUAAGUCUUAAAUUACCAAGAAAGCGAUCAUGCACAAGAGUUUUUCCUUGUCUAACUCAUUUGGAACCCCUGGCUGUACAGAGCUCAGAAUAAGAGUCCAUUGCUGGCAACGGACAUGCUAGAAAAGAAAUGCAAAGCACUCUGGGACUUUUUUUAAUGAAUGCACAAGAGGUUCCAUAAGUUGAUUCAAAUGAAUGUGCAUCUUAGGCUAAUGAUCAAGUGUAAGAAUGAUAUCAAUGUACUGACGUGGCUUAUUACAUGUAUUUCUCUAAAGAGCUCUGUAAGUUAGGGUCUGACACCACUUCUGAGUCAGCAAAGGCGCAGUAAGUAGCAUUUCAUCCUCCCUAUUCAGCUGGGUUUUAGUUAUGUUCUCUCUGGAUCAACCUCCUGGGUGUUAGAGACAUUGGUCCUCGGUGUAUUCCAUAUUUAAUACAUGUGUUAGCUAUUUUAAAAGGUAAAAUAUUAAAAUUAAAAGUUGGAGAAUUAUUUUGUAGCAUCUAUUAUCCUACAUUAGCUUCAAUACAUCCAAACCAAAAGGUAGAUUUAGUGAGAUUUAUUUUUAUAUAAGCAUGUUUAUUUUGAUCAGAUGUUUUAACUUGGAAUUGAAGUGAAAUACAUUUAUGAGAUGUUUUAUAAAAGUUGUAAAUAUAGAACUGUAUUUAUUACUACAGUAAAGAUUCAGCAAUAUUAAGAACCAUGAUAUCAAACUAUGUACAGUGACAUAUUCUUCCAUAUAUGUUGUGUUUCUCUGUCCAUUUUCUUUAAGUUCAUCAACUGUAUAUAAUAUAUGUGAGUGUAUAGUACUUGUAAAUAGAUUCUAAACUUGCUUUUCUAUUGGGUACAAAAUAAAAUAAUUUGUAAUAAAAUGUGUGACUCGAAAACAAAAUAUUUUCAAGUGUAUUUUUGAGCUGAAUAAACCUCCUGCCUUUGAGUCGGUUUGGAUUCAUAGAGC